AUGGCAGGCGACGGAGAUGAAGCACGGAGGCAUCUCGAGGUCGGCCACAAGAGUCUCCUGCAAAGCGAUGCUCUCUACCAGGUAUACAUACAUAUACUCUGUUUUUACAUGUUAAUCUGUUUUGGUUUACAAUCUUUGCUUCUUGGCUUAUGGUAUAUUCUGGAGACCAGUGUGUACCCAAGAGAGCCUGAAUCCAUGAAGGAGCUUAGAGAGUUUACUGCCAAACACCCAUGGAACAUCAUGGCAUCAUCAGCUGAUGAAGGGCAGUUUCUGAACAUGAUUUUGAAGCUGAUUAAUGCCAAGAACACCAUGGAGAUUGGUGUCUACACAGGCUACUCUCUCUUGGCCACUACCCUUGCUCUUCCUCAUGAUGGAAAGAUCCUUGCCAUGGAUGUUAACAGAAAGAACUAUGAAUUGGGUCUACCUAUAAUUGAAAAAUCUGGUGUUGCUCACAAGAUUGAUUUCAGAGAAGGCCCUGCUCUGCCUGUUCUUGACCAGAUGAUUGAAGAGGAGAAGAACCCUGGAUCCUUUGACUUCAUAUUUGUGGACGCUGAGGGCAAAUGCAAUGGUGAAUUGGUAUUAGACCAACAAAGAUGUUAUCUUUUGUUGUCUCAUUGCAUUUGCCCUGAUAAAGACAACUAUCUUAACUACCGCCAGAGGCUGAUUGACCUGGUGAAGGUUGGGGGUGUGAUUGGCUACGACAACACCCUAUGGAAUGGAUCUGUGGUGGCACCUCCUGAUGCUCCUUUAAGGCUCCUUUAAGGAAGUAUAUCAGGUACUACAGGUAUUACAUUCUUACUCCGCUGCACCAACAAACAGAUCAUAUUGUCUAUUUACAUCACUGAACACAUUAGCAAUUUGCUCAUUUGUUCCCAUAAAAGACAUGCAUGACUCAUGUAGGAAUGAAAACCAAGUAAUGCCAAAAGGGGUC